AUGGGUUUAUAUUCUUCUAAAGAAACUAAAGUAAAAAAACAAUUACCAAUGAAAUCAGUCGAUCAAGAAAUUACAAAUGAAAAAGCAUAUGGUUCAAUUUCAGAUUUUUCAAAUUAUUUUCAAAAUUUAGAUAUUGAUAAAUUAAAUAUUUCAGAUUUAAAUCCAAUUUCAAAUAAUACUUUAUCAACAUGGGAAUCUGAUUUUCAUUCAAAGACUAAAAAUAAAUUAACUCAAAAUGUGUUAGCGAACAAUCCCAUUGAAAAGGUAAUUAAUCAAACUUCAAGCUCAUUAUCAAAUAAAGAUAAAUAUUUAUUUAAUGUUACUGUAGAUACAAUUGGAUCACCUUCACAUUUAAAUAAUCAAAAACUGAGUGGUAGAUGUUGGAUAUUUGCAACUUGUAAUGUCAUUAGAAGUCAUAUCAUUAAACAAUAUAACCUUAAAGAUGAUGAAUUUCAAUUAUCUCAAUCUUAUUUAUAUUUUUAUGAUAAAUUAGAAAAAGCGAAUUAUUUUCUUGAAAAUAUUGAUGAUACUUAUAAAGAAGAAUUAGAUUCAAGAUUAAUUCAAUAUCUUUUUAAAGAUCCAGUUGGUGAUGGUGGUCAACAUGAUAUGAUUGUAAAUCUUGUUGAAAAAUAUGGUUUAACUCCAAAUGAAAUAUUUAUUGAUAAUUCUCAAUCAACAAGUUCAUCAAAGAUAAACUACAUAAUUACCGAAAAAUUAAGAGAAUUUGGUUUAAAAAUUAGAGACUUAAGAUCUAAAAAAGCUCCUGAACAUGUUGUCAAGAAUUUUAAAACUUCGGCUAUGAAGACAAUUUAUAAUACAAUUUCAUUAGCUAUUGGUACUCCUCCAAAACCAUCUGAUGAAUUCACGUGGGAAUAUAUUGAUAAAGAUGGGAAAUAUAAAUCAUAUAAAACUACACCCAAAGAAUUUUAUGAAAAAUUUGUUAAAUCAAAAUAUGACGUUAGUGAACAUUUUUCAUUAAUUCAUGAUCCAAGAAAUGAAUACAAUAAAUUAUAUACUGUAGAUCGAUUAAAUAAUAUUUUUGGUGGUAAACCUAUUGAAUAUGUUAAUAUUGAUAUUGAUGAUAUUAAAUCAGUUGCAAUUAAAAUGUUAAAAGAUAAUCAACCAAUAUUUUUUGGUUCCGAUGUUGGUAAAUUUGGUGAUAGAACAACUGGUAUUUUAGAUACUACAGCUUAUGAUUAUAAUACAGUUUUUGAUUAUGAUUUAGGUUUAAAUAAAGCAGAAAGAUUAAAAACUGGUUCUUCUUUAAUGACUCAUGCUAUGGUUAUUACUGGUGUUCAUUUAGAUGAAAAUGAAAAACCAAUUAGAUGGAAAAUUGAAAAUUCUUGGGGUGAUGCAGUUGGUAAAAAAGGUUAUUUUUUAAUGACUGAUGAAUGGUUUAAUGAAUAUGUUUUUCAAAUUGUUACUUCACAGAAAUAUUCAGGUAAGAAAUAUUAUGAUAUUUGGAAAUCUAAAGAAUAUAAUGUUUUACCUUAUUAUGAUCCAAUGGGUUCAUUAGCUUAA